CCAGGGUUGGGACGGCUUCCCUCUAGCCGAGCACUUCUUGCUUGCAGAUAACCUCAGACCAGGGAGGGACGGUCCUAGGAUGCUGGACUCCUCAGUGGCCGAGGCAAUGACCCGACUCACCCUGAAGCUCUUGGAGAAGAAGCUGGAGCAAGAGCGUGAGGCUGUGGAAGGGGAUUCUGAGGACCCCUUGCUCCUAGCUGGAAAUGAGGACAGGCCGGACGUGGCCCUGCUGGAUGCUCUGAGGAGGAGGCGAGCGCUUCUGCGGAGACUCUGGGAACAGCGUCUCCUAGAGGCCUCCCAGGCCCAAGGCCGGAGCGGGAUGACCAGAGGAGGAGCCCGUGGGUCCGCACUGCCCCCAGAGGUGCCCCCUGUGGGCAUCUACUCCCUGCCCCCGCCAGCCCUGGAGCCGCCACAGAUUAUCCAAUGCCCAGGCCCCGAGCCUCCUGCCACCGUCAUUCAACAGCUGCCCCAGCAGCCCCUCAUCGCACAGACCCCCCCUCUCCAGGCCUUCCCCACUCAAAGAUCAGGAAGUAUUAAGGAAGCAUCAAGUCCUCACCCCAUGCCUUACCCCCGACGAGCUCCAAAGGUGAGCAGGAGAUCCGAAGCAGCGGACCCGCCACGGAGCUUGUGUGCACACCAGGCAGUGUCCGAGGCCACAUCCCUCCACCACGCCUGCUGCCCCGUGACUCCGUCCGGACCCGGCCGACCCGCCACUCUCUUCCCUCCCCUCACCCCUCCGACCAUCAGCGGGCAUUAG